UAUAGUAUAAAUAGUGAAGCCCGACCCUUUUUGUGAGAGGGGCGGGGGUUCCACAUCGGCGAGAGGUGGCGAAUGUGGCGCAUCACAAGCCGGUCUCCGGUCUCGGCUCGCCUCGUGGCUGCUGAACGAACGCGUGUCAUGACAUGCGCCCUCGAGACGGCACAGCUGAGACAGCAGCAGUCGGAACCGACAUCUGCACGCUGACGUCUAAACCUUCACUCUAAAAAGGACCGUUUUAAAAAAUAUAUAUAUUAUUAUUAUAAACAAAGAAAAUCAUUGGCCAAACAUCGCGGAGAAAUGGAAAGCAAGCGUCGUUGGACAUCAAAAGACAAAGGUAUUACGUCACUGUGAAUUGGACUCACUCAAGAUACAUUUGUUUUUUUGUUAUCAUUUUUUUUUUUAUAAGAAGACCAUGGUGAAGAUAGUAGUGUGAAGAACCUCGUGGAAAACCAGAGGUGCCGCCAUGGUCAUCACAGAUAGAAACGCAGGUUCUGCUAUGUCCAAGAAAGAGCCAGCUAAGGACAAAAAGCGUCGGGCAUCUCGUCCUCACAGUUUACCAUCGCCGGCCUUGUGCUGUGCCUGCGGCCUGUGUAUUAUGCUGGCCGGUCUUAACAUCACCUUGGUGGGAGUUUUCGCCUUCAGGACCCUGGUGCCUUCUGCCAACCCAUCCAUUGUUAUUGGACCCAUCCUGCUCCUUGUGGCCUUUUCCUUUUUUGGGGCCUGUUGCGUAUGCAGCCGACUGCCCCCGCCUCACAGCUCGCGUGGGGCCAAAAUGGGCGGUCGGGGCAUGAACCUGAUAGGGAACGGCGGGCUGGCAGGGGGGGCAGCGUUCGAGAUAGAGACCAGCGAGCACACGCUGCAGGACACGACAGCUGUGCAGCUCAGUCCCACGUCCUCCCCCGCGUCAUCCAGGGGAUCAAGUCCGGAAAAAGAAGCUCCUGACUCGUCUCUGCCUGCCACCUGCAAGCUCUUCACCAUGGAGACCAAUGGCUCGCCAGGUUGCACCGGCGUAGUCUUUUCAGCAUCCACUGCCUCAGGAGGGGAGGUGAGGCUCAACCUUCCACGAGAAGAACUGGCCACCUAAGCAGAGUUCCAGCAGUGUAGAGCCUUCUUGUUAAGAUCUUACUGAGUGUGACUUUGUCUUCUUCUUUACCUAAAAAGGGUGCACACAUAACGAUUUGUAACAUCUUGACCUAUUUUUAAUAUGUCUGCGACCCUGCAAGUGACAAGAGAAAUUGGCAAGUGUGUUCUUUUCUUGUUUCUGGCUUACCACGACAAUCGUAAGUGUCGGAUCCUAACCAAUCAAAAAAAUAUUGUUUGCUGCUCUGUGUGCACAGGUUUCGGAUAACUUCCUAAUUGGCUUUCGCUCAUGUCAAAAACGCAGGGUCUGUGGCAAGGGCGUAGGUUUGGUCUCAACAUUGGUAGGGACGCUAUAACAGCAU